AUGGCCGCCGCGUCCCUGGCUUUCGUGGCGCGCCGCGGCGAGCCGGAGCUGGUCGCGCCGGCCGGGCCGACGCCGCGCGAGCUCAAGCGGCUCUCGGACCUCGACGACCAGGAGAGCCUCCGGUUCUACCGCUCCGGCAUCUACUUCUACCGGGGCUGCCCCUCGCGGGCGCGCGCCGACCCGGCCAGGGUCAUACGUGACGGUCUGGCCGCCACGCUCGUGCACUACUACCCCGCCGCCGGGCGGCUCCGCGAGCUGCCCGGCAGGAAGCUCGCAGUGGACUGCACCGGCGAGGGGGUGUCGUUCGUCCAGGCCGACGCGGACGUCACGUUGGACGAGUUCGGCGACACGCUGUACCCGCCAGUCCCUUGCGCCAGCCAGCUCCUGUGCUUGCCGGAGAGCAACUCCGCCGUCGUUGUCGACCGGCCACUGCUCUACGUUCAAGUGACGAGGUUGAGGUGCGGAGGCUUCGUGCUCGGCUUCCAGGUGUGCCAUAACCUCGCGGACGCGCCGGGAAGCACGCAGUUCCUGCAGGCCCUCGGCGAGCUGGCGGGCGGCAUGGAGGCGCCAAGCGUGCGGCCGGUGUGGGCGAGGGAGCUGGUCGACGCGCGCGACCCCCCGUGCCCCAUCUACCAUCACCCCGAGUACGAGCUGGCGGCUGACGCGGCCAACGACAAGCUCCGUCCGGGCGCCGAGCUCGUGCACCGGGCGUUCCUCUUCGUCCCCGAGGAGUUGUCCUCGCUGAGGGACCAGCUACCGCCGCAGAUGAGGUCGCGGUGCUCCCGGUUCCUGCUCCUGUCGGCGUUCGCGUGGCGCUGCCGGACUGCGGCGCUCGGCUACGCGACCGGCGACGAGGUGCGGUUCAUGUUCGUGGUGAACGCCCGCGGGAAGCGCGGCCGCCCGCUUUCCGGGGGUUCUAUUGAGGAUAUAGAUCUUAGAGUCACCCGCCAGAAGGGGUUCUACGGGAACGCGCUCACCUUCGGCGUGGCGCGGACGACGGCCGGGGAGCUCUGCUCGGGACCGCUAGGCCGCGCGGUGGAGCUGAUCGUCGCCGCGAUGGCGCGGGUCGCCGCCGCCGACUACGCGCAGUCGGUGGCCGACGCGCUGGUGCUGCGCGGGCGGCCGCGGUUCACGACGGCGCGGACGUACCUUGUGACGGAUCUGACCAAGGCGAACCUGCACAAUGUGGACCUCGGAUGGGGCCUUCCGGUGUACGGCGGGCCGGCCACGACGACGCUGGCCACGUUCCACAUCCCCGCGGCGGGCGGAGGGAUCACCGUGCCGAUGUGCCUGCCGCCGCGCGCCAUGGAGAGGUUCGCGGCCAAUGUGCGCGCGGGGCUGUCGGAGGUUUCUUCGCGCCGUGGGCGUUCUAGUGGCGUGGAGUCGACCGUGCUGUCGAGGAUGUAG